GGUUGUAACGGCUCUUUGCGCACAGAGACCCGCGAAGUGUUAAAAUGCUGUGAAGUGAAUUCAAAAUAUUAUGGAGUGAUUGAGAGACAGUGAAGUGACGACUUUUUAAAAUUUUGUGAGUGUGAUGUGUAAUUUUCGGAAGUAGUUUGGGUGUCGAACCCACGACAGCGAUGUCGGAGGGGCAACGGUGCCUGGCGAUCAUCGUGCUCCUCGUUCAUACUGUUAUUGGCACUGGAGAAGGUCCAUCACCACCGCCCUCGACGCAGUCAACAACGGUUAGAGACGAGCAGAACGAACUCACCGUCUCUUUCCCUCCUCUCCACGACAUAUUCGGCACGCCUGAAAAAUACUUCGGCACUGAAAACAACACUGUUGUGACGUCACAAACUGGUUCUACGGCUCUCCUGCCUUGCGUCAUAAGAAAUAUCGGAGAUGGAAUUGUAUCAUGGAUAAGAAGAAAAGACUAUCAUCUUCUGACGGUUGGUCUCACAACGUAUAGUUCAGACCAGAGGUUUCAAGCCAUACAUCUGCAACAUUCAGAAGAUUGGACACUAAAAGUGCGAUUUGUUCAGAAACGUGAUGCCGGCAUCUACGAAUGCCAAGUGUCGUCACAUCCGCCCACCAGUAUAUUUUUGAGGCUUGACGUAGUAGAGGCAAGAGCUCAAAUAUCAGGGCCGACAGAGAAAUAUCUGAAACCUGGCUCCACAUUGCGACUUCAGUGUUCAGUGGUGCAAACUACGGAGGCACCAGCUUUUGUAUUUUGGUACCACAACAGCAGAAUGAUCAACUACGACGUUGAACAUGGCAUCAACGUCACCACAGACCCUGAACAACGACUUUCAGACCUCCUCAUCCCAGCGACGAGUGUGUCCCACGCGGGAAACUAUACCUGCGUGCCGAACAACGCUGUACCAGCUAGUAUAUACGUCCAUAUAUUUAAUGGUGAAAAUCCAGCAGCCAUGCAGUCUUCAUCCCCCAGUUUCAUCCAGCUAAACAUAUACAGCUUGCUCUACACCCUGACUUCUGUCAACCUUAUUAUACGGUGACAAUUACGAUAAGUCCUAGAUAUACAUCCUUGUACUUAGAACAUAAUAAUAAUAUAAUCAAUAAUAAAGUUGAUCGCACACUAGACCGAGUCACAGGAGACGCGAAAGCUGAACAAGAAUUUAAGCUGCUGAUUUAAUCAGCAUUUCUUUGUCGCGCCCUAUACUAGUCGUACUGCUGACAUCAUUCUCAUUUUCAGUACUGAAAAUUACCUUGAGUUCGGCAUGUGCGACUCUUGUGCCAAGCUCCGUUUGUUGUCUGCGAUCAGUUAACGUGAAAUAAAAUUUGAAAGGUUUGCUCUUUUUUCACCAUAACAGUUGUCACCAUAAUACAUAUUUAUUACCUCUAAAGAAAUUAAAAAUACUACGUUGUAGCUUGUGACUGACUAAAGCACUGGUUACAGAGAAAAAGAUCGCAUGUAUUUAAAUAAUUUGCAGUUUUUUUUUUUUUUUUGA